GCGCUCUCACCCGUAGUUACAAACUUAUGAGCUACUAUGAACGCUCCAGCGUCUUUUGAACCUUUUCUUUUAGCGGAUGGCGAAAAGAAGAUUUCAUUUGAAAAAGACACGCAAGUGCCCAAUGCUGCUAUCUUCACCCUGAACAGAGAGGAUCAUACAGUUGGAAAUAUGAUAACGUGUCAACUUCUCAAAGAUCCGAGAGUAUUAUUUGCCGGAUAUAAAGCACCUCAUCCUCUAGAGCACAAAAUAGUUAUUCGAGUACAUACAGCUCAUCCAGCAACACCUGUGGACGUUUUUGUAUCUGCUUUGAAAGAUCUUAUCAGUGAAAUUUCAAAUAUAGAAGAGCAGUUUAGAAUGGCAACAAAAUGAUGGAGACAGAGAGUGACUGUACAUAUAUUUUUAUAUUUGUAACAAUACAUUGCUUUCUUUACUCAUAUGUUUCUCUUUUUUUAUUUGUCUUGUCUCAGAAACAGUUAAUAUUUAAGCAUGAAGACAAACCUUUCUCUUUCGAUUUUAGAGUUUUGGUUAAAUUGUGAACUUUC